AUGCCGGGAAUUUCCAAGCACGUCGUCUCACACGCCUCGAAUUCAGCCCGAACGGGUAUUCCGGAGGUCUGGAUGAGGGCGGGUACUUCGAAAGGACUAUUCAUUCAUGAGCAUGACCUCCCUUCAUCCAAAGACCUUUGGGCACCAAUUCUCCUGUCUGCUCUGGGUUUGGCGGAAGCCGACAAGAGACAGCUCAAUGGAGUCGGCGGCGCGACAUCAACCACUUCUAAGGUGGCGGUAGUUCGCAAGUCUAAAAGACACGGGGUCGACGUCGACUAUACCUUUGUUCAGGUUGCCUCGGAUCAGGCCCAGGUUGACAUGACAGGGAAUUGUGGCAACAUGGCGUCCGGGGUAGGGCCGUUUGCUCUGGAUGAAGAGCUCACAUCAGAGUGUUUAACACCAACACACAGCAAAUCCUGGUCGAAACCGUCCACGUCACCCCCGGACGGCAAUUUUUGCGAAGACGGCGACUACAGCAUAGCUGGGGUUCGAGGCACAGCGAGUCCGAUUCAAAUGACUUUCAUCAAGCCAGGUGGUAGCAUUACAGGAAGGCUCUUUCCCAGCGGAGCCAAGCAGGAAAUGCUCACCGUGAGCUCAGCCCAUACACCGACACCGUUUAUCGUUCGAGUCAGUCUAGUAGAUGCUGCGAACCCCUUCGUAUUAGUUGACUCAAGUACCAUGCCCGCCGCUUAUCUUGACUCGGAGGCUACAUCUCGCCUCUCGCUCGCAAUCAUCGAGGAUAUCCGCGUUGCCGGAGCCGUGCGGUUUGGUCUCGCUCGAGCCACUGCUGCGGCGGGGCGGGUUAGAGGUACCCCUAAAAUCGCCCUUCUGUAUCCAGGUGGACGCGAGGUGGACACAGAAGGCCGCAUUAAUGAGGCGGAUAUUGAAGUACUACCCUUCAGCCUAGGUCAACCUCAUCCCAGCCUUCAGCUGACGGGAGCUGUCUGUCUCGGCACCGCGCUCAGCAUACCGGAAACGGUGGCAUGGGAUCUUCGGCGCCAAGAAGCCGCACAUGUCCACCAUAAUGUCCCUUCAGAACAGCAAGUCAUAAUGUUUGAGCCAAGAAUGAGCACAGUCAAGCGGCUGCUCAAACAUCCCAAUGGACUGAUGGACGUGGAGGCGAGGUUGGAAACGCACGAGAACGGAGAGACAUCCGUGGAGAGCGUCAGCGUGUUUCGCACCGCACGACGAUUGUUUGAGGGAAAGGUGUUUUAUCGCCUGUAA